AUGCGUGCCGUCCAGAAACUUGCCCGAGUCUCCGUCCGAACUGUCAAGCUCCCACAGUACACCAAAAAGACCGGCGGAGUUGACUUCACCGUCGCCCGACAGUGGCAGAACUCUCCCUUCUGCUCCACCAUGGAAUCCGUCAACUACGUCGGUGGCGCCAUUAUGACCAUCAUGAUGAUCGCCGUCUGGGAAGACCUCAAGGCCAUCGGCGUCGGCGUCUGCGGCAUCUAA